AUGGAUAGACUUACUCGAAUGAUUCAGGCCGCCCAAGGCAUGGGCAUGAAUGGCGCGGCCCCAGGUGCUGACACGAACCUCCUCGAUAACUGCGAAACCGUACACAUUUCAUCACUUGCGCUAUUGAAGAUGCUAAGGCAUGGACGAGCAGGUGUGCCCAUGGAAGUGAUGGGUCUGAUGCUGGGUGAAUUUGUGGAUGAAUAUACGGUGCGGGUAACGGAUGUGUUUGCGAUGCCUCAAAGUGGUACAGGUGUCAGUGUCGAAGCUGUCGACCCUGUAUUUCAGACCAAGAUGAUGGACAUGCUUCGGCAAACUGGACGACCGGAACCCGUUGUCGGCUGGUAUCACUCCCAUCCCGGUUUUGGAUGCUGGCUCUCCUCCGUCGAUAUCAACACCCAGCAAUCGUUCGAGCAGCUUACGCCACGCGCUGUCGCUGUAGUCGUUGACCCAAUUCAGUCCGUCAAAGGCAAGGUUGUCAUCGAUGCCUUCCGUCUUAUCCAGCCCCAGACCGUUGUUAUGGGUCAAGAACCCCGACAAACCACCUCUAACCUGGGUCACUUGAACAAGCCAUCGAUUCAGGCUCUCAUUCAUGGAUUAAACAGACACUACUACAGCAUUGGCAUCAACUACCGCAAGACAGGACUGGAGGAGAACAUGCUGAUGAACCUUCACAAGCAAGUCUGGACCGAGGCGCUGCAAAUGAAUGACUUCCACGACGAAUGCCAGCACAACGUUGACCGUAUGAAGCAACUCGUCAACCUGGCAGAGGGCUACGAGAAACGAGUGAAGGAAGAGACUGAGCUCACUAAGGACCAGUUGAAGACGAGAUAUGUCGGCAAGGUUGACCCCAAGAAGCACAUCGAGGACGUGAGCCAACAGUUGAUCGAAGACAACAUUGUCGCUGUCUCACGGCAGAUGAUCGAUAAGGAGGCUUCGGUGGCACGUCAGUCGAAUGGAAAGGGCCCCCAGAAUGGCACCGGUAUGGAUGUGGACGAGGAGCUAUAA